AUGACUGCAAAAGAGAAGAAGCCUGAGAAAGUGGCUUCAAAAGAUAGAAAGAAAGAAAAAAAAGACAGUGACAGCGCGAUUGAGACCAGAGUUAUUAAAAAAAAAAAAAGAACAGAAAAGCAGCAAAAGAGAAAAAGCAUGAGAGGAAAGACUGACAUUGAGACAAAGACAGAGAGGAAACAUGAUAAUAAGGGACAUGGGAAUCAAAGCAAAGGACCUUGGAGUGAAAAUAUACUGGACUAUUUUAUCAACCAAAAAAGAAUACAAAGGAGGGAUGGAGCAGAAAUAAUUUGGAACCAUGCAGCAAACAGCAAAAAUAAGUUAAAGGAGGCUUUACAGAGUGAUGCUCACAUGAUAGAAGCUGAUGUACUUUUACGUACAUCUGGGAAAAAGAGGCCAAUUAUGGCCCACCCCCCUGCAACAGACAGUGACCUCACUUUACAAGAAUGGCUGAAUGGCGUAUCGUCAACUAACAAAGGCAUUAAACUUGAUUUCAAAAGUAUAGAAGCUGUGCUGCCAUCAAUGCAAAUUUUAAACACUCUGAAGGCUGAUAUAAAGCAACCAGUUUGGAUUAAUGCAGAUAUUCUUCCUGGACCUGGUGGAAAAGCCAAACCUGUGGAUCCUAAAGAAUUUCUACAAACUGUUGCUUCAUUUUUUCCUGAAGUGACUUUGUCUUUGGGUUGGACAACAGGAUGGUUUCCUAACAAAAACAAUACAGGCUACAACUGGGAGAUGGUUAGAGCGAUGGAAGAUAUCUGUAAAGAGCUGAAACAGCCCGUGACAUUCCCAGUCAGGGCAGCUCUAGUGCACCAAUCAUGGACUCAGCUGAGUUGGUUAUUACAAACAUCCGACAGGUACAGUUUGACUAUCUGGGCAGGAAAAGAUGACAUCUAUCCAGUGGAAGACUUACUGUACGUCCGAGAUAAUUCAGAGGAAUACAGAGUGUACUAUGAUAUAUACGAUCCCCAGAAUAGUGAUCUCAAAAAAGCUAUAGAACAUACACAAAACAACUAAAUAUAUAGUGGUAUAAAACUAUGUGGAAGAGACUUUGAUGCUUAAGUCGCUUUUUUUUAUUUCUUUUUUUCUUUAUAUAGAAGUUUUUAUUGAUACAGCACUAACCUUUUGGUUUCCAGAGAACAGUGCAACUAAUUACUGCAUCACAACCCCUAUUCCAGAUAUUGGGUUAAUUAAUAAAAGAAAAUAAAUAAAUAUUA